AUGACUGAAAAUAAAUUGGAGAAAGAGGCGCCAAAUAAUGUGAUUAUUAAUGUCGAAACGAAAAAACGAGUACAUAAUAUAAUGACUGUAGAUGCAGAUGGUUCAGUUUAUGUAGAAGAGUCUAUUGAAAACAUACAACAGGAAAUGGCAAAGCAAAUGCAGGCUAUUGUUACCAAAAAUAAUACACUUACAGUUCUGGAAACUGAAGCUUUAGUAAGUACAGUGCAAUCAGAUACAGAGAAUAGAGAUUUAAAUCAGAAGGAAGUGAUUCCUGAAACAACCAUUCAGACUGAUGUUUGUAAAAUUGAGAACAAAACUGAUAUUGUUAACAACAAAACUAAUAUAUUGAUGGUAAAUGAUAAUGGGGUAGAAAGUAACAUUCCCCAAUCAGUAGCAACCACUGCCGAAUCAUCCUCUGAUAUUCUUGAUGCCAGUACUGAAGCACUUAAAGUUACUUUAGAAAAUUCAGAAUAUAAAGUCGAAACAAAAGAUCAUGAUAGUGUAACAAUUGAAACAAACACAGCUGUAAAUGUGGAUACGGAGAAUGCUCUGCCGGAUCUAGUCGACCAAACAACAAAUACCCCUGUUCCAAGCCCAAAAACUGAAAUUGAAAAGUGUGAUAGUCCACCAAAAAAUGAAGAAACAAAAACAUUAAAACAGCACACAGUUAUUACCUUAAAUAAAACUGCACAUGAUAAAAUUUCCUCACUUCUUAAUGACUGGGAAGACAACGACUCCCAACAAGAUGAAUGUAAAAAUGAAACGGCCUUAAAUUCAACUGAAGGAAUAGAUGUUGAAAUUGUAAAAGAGGUCACGCCAGAAAAAAUAAAUUUUGCUAGUAAUGACAACAUAAAAAGCUUAGUAAGUGAUUGGGAUGAUGAUGAUGAAGAUGUAAAA